AUGGAUCUCCAAACACUGCUGAGAGCCUCGCAGGCCGUGACGAUCCUCAGCGCCGCGACGGCCGCCGACCCGCGGUGCCCCCAGGCCUUCUUCCUGCUGGGCCUCGCCCUGGGCCGCCAGGGCGUCCAUGAUGCGGCGGCUCUGUGCUUCCUGCGCGCCCAGCAGCUGGUGCCGGAUGACACACCAGACCCCGGGACGCGGCAGCUGCGCUGGGUGGCGGCAGACAACAUGCACCUGGAGGUAGACAGGGUGCUGCCACCAGGAUGGCUGGCCGCGGCCAACGACGGCGACCGCCAGGCCGCCUUUGCGGCCGCGGCGCGCCACCUCGCAGGCAACGCAGCGGCGGCAGGCGCGGCGGGCGGCGACGGGGAGGGCGCGGGGACUCUGUGGUGUGUGGGUGGGCUGGGGGUCGAGGCGCUCCACCUGGCAGCAGCAGCGGCGGCAGCAGCAGCGGCAGCACGCGAGGCAGCGACAGCAGCAGACGGGGAGGCAGCCGCGGCAGGUGGAGGCACAGAAGCGGACAGCAGCGAGGGGCAGGAAGGCGGGGCGCACGGCGGGGGCGGCGGCGGCGGCGGCCCGGGGAUGCGCGUGGUGCUGCAGGCAGCGAACCAGCUGGCGCUGAACCUCGGACGCCAGAUUGCGGCUGCAAACGAUCUGGACGACGAGGUCGAGGUUGUGCAGGGGCCCCCGCCCGCGCCGCAGCAGCGGCGGCAGCAGAGUCUCACGACAAUAGCAGAGGGCGAGGAGGGGGAGGAGGGGAAUGAGCAAGAGGAUGGGGCGGAGGGUGAGGGCGAGGGAGGGGGGGACGAGGUUGAAGAGGCGGGGCCGCGGCUGGCCGGCGUGCUGCUGGCGGGCGCCGUGGGGCCGGGCUGGCCGCAGGUGGCGGCGGCGCGGCGGCAGCUGGCGGCGUUGGCGCACGCGCUCGCGCCGGGCUGCAGCGUGUCCCCGAUCAGGGUCAGGCUGCGUGCGGUGCCGGCGUCCUGCCCGUCCCUGCUGGCCCUCAACGAAGUCCGCCUGGACGACAUAUCGGAAGACACCGCCGGCCUCGACUACGCCGCCGCCAACGCCGCCCUCCGCCGCGCGUCGCGGCCGGUCCAGGCUUCCCGCUUCGCGCCCCGCGCGCUGGCAGCGCCCGCGACGGCGCUGGAGGUGCAGCUGGCGGACUGGGCCGUUCUGGGGGCGGAUGGCGGUAGCGGCGUUGUCGGCGGCGGAGGGGCGGAGGGGUGGCGGGAGAGCAUUAACGGCGACGCAGAGUUUGAGGUUUCCGAGGCGGGGAGCUGCGAUCUGGUGCUCUGGUGGCUCGAUUUUGAGGUGGCCCCGGGCAUGUGGCUGUCUCACGCGCCGUCCAUCGACCUCGGGCUGGGCAGCAGCGUCGACGGCGAUGGCGCAACCAUGGCUGGCGACGAGGGGGCGGCCGCAGCGGCGCAGGCUGCGGCGGCGGCCACGGACGCGGUGCGGCCGCACGUCUGGCAGCACGCGGGCUACCUGCCUGCCGGGCCCGGCGACGACAGCAGCUGCGGCGCCGACGGUCACGGCCGCGGUGUCCCCGUGGCCCAGGGGCAACGGGUGGCGCCCGGCGACCGCCUGCGGCUGCUCUCGGCAGCCGACGAGUCGUUUGUCAGCCUGCGGCUCUUCUGGGCGUCGGGGGCCAGCGAGGGCGGGGCCUGUGGCAGCUGUGCGGGGGCUCUUGUGUGCACGCCUGUGGCGCACGGCGGAGCGGGGACUGGUGGUGCGGCGCGGGAGAUUCUGCCGUACCACAUGUCAAUGCUGAAUGACAGGGCGCGCACUGCGGCUUACGCGGCCGGCAUAGCGGGCGAGGUGCGGCGGCUGGUAGCCAGGGGCCAGCAGGCGGCGCCGCACGGGCAACAGCAGCAGGAGGGGCAGCAGGAGCAGGAGCAGGAACAGAAGCACGAGCAGCACGCGCAGCAGCAGGACAGGCAGCAACAGCAGGAAGCAGUGGAGCAGCAGCAGCAGCAGCAGCAGCAGCAGCAGCAGCAGCAGCAGCAGCAGCAGCGUGAGCCUGUGGUCCUGGAUGUUGGCGCAGGCACAGGCCUGCUCUCCAUGUUGGCCGCACAAGCCGGGGCGCGCUGUGUCAUAGGCUGUGAGCGGGAGCCGGUGCUGGCGGCAGUGGCUGAGCGGCUGGUGGCGAUCAACCAGUUGCAGCAGUCGGUGCGCAUCGUGCGCAAGCUCAGCGGCCAGCUGACGGUGGAUGACGUCAGCGGGGGCGACGGUGACGCCACGGCCGGCGGAGUGGGGACUCGGCAGGGGCAGCAGCAGCAGGGGCAGCAGCAGCAGGGGCACCAGCAGCAGGGGCACCAGCAGCAGGGGCAGCAGCAGCAGGGGCACCAGCGGCCAAAGCGCGACCUUCCUGCCAGGGCGUCCCUCGUGGUGCACGAGAUCUUUGGCACAGACCCCCUCUCGGAACACGUGCUGCCGGCGCUGCGCGGCGUCCAGGAGCGCCUGGCGGCGCCCGGCUGCCGCUUCCUGCCGAGUGGCGUGCGCGUGAUGGGCGCCCUCGCCACCUGCCCCGGCCUCGCGCGCAUGCGCCGCGUCACCGCCUACACCGCCUCCCUCCGCAGCGCCGCUGAUGCGACGAAGGAGCUCUCUGGAUCCGAGCUAAGCGCUGGCGCAGAGGGCUGGGACCUGUCACCCCUGUCACCCCUGGCCCCUCGGAAGGUGGAACUGCAGGCGGCCGACCUGGCAGCUUCCAUGCAGCUGCUCACCGAACCGCAGGAGCUGCUCGCGUUCGACUUUGAGCGCCAGUGGCCGCUGCCUAUGCAGGGCCAGCAGGAGGUGCGCCUGGGGCUGCUGCAGGAGCCCAUCUUGCUUGGCGCAUGGAUUGCCAACCGGCAGCGUCCGCAGCAAGUCGGCAGCAGCCGUGGCGGCGGCGGCGGUGGCGGCGGCGGCGGGGCCAGCGGCACCGGUCAGGGCCGCGGGGCAGACGAAGUCGUGCAGCAUCCCGGCGCGGUCGAGGAGGAGGGGGUCGACGGCGCCGGCUGCGGGGUGCUGUAUUGGUUUGAGGCCGACUGCGGCGAGGGCAGCGUUGUCUCAACCGAGCCUGGCACGACCCACUACGGCCACUGGCAGCAGAGCUUCGAGUUCCUGGGGCCGCGCACGGCUGAGGGCCUGCUAGCCGCCGGGAGUGGAGCGGGCGGUGGCCGCGGGGGCUUUGAUGCAGUGCUUGCUGCGCGCUGGGGGCCCGACCGCGUGAUGUUUGAGGUGACACAGGUUGCCGCCCUCCCCUGA